AUGAUGAGUGCGGCAUCAUUCGCGAGUCCCCUAGGCGGCCGUCCGCCUCAUUACCGUACUCCGUCCCCUCCGCUGCGCGCCGUCGAACCUAUCACUCCAUCCACAGCCGCCGACUUCCAAUCCUCCUGGGCUGCCCGUAGCCCCCCUCGAGCCACCAGCCUUGAUCGCGACCCACGUCCGUCAAAUCAUAAUCGGAAUAUCGCCGCAGAAGGUGGUUCACACCAGCGAUCGGGCCAUGGCCGCUCAAAUUCAACCAUUGACACACUUGCGACGAUUGCCCUCGCAACUAGUCCUACAUUCGCACCACUCCCUCCCAAUCCGUCUUCCCCGAGUCCUCGGUCCUCGAUUCCUUUGUUUCCUGCCGACUCCGCAGACUCUGAGCGGCCGGCCAAGCGAGCACGGUCGGCAAGGGAUCCAUCGCCCUACCGUCCGCGGCCAGGAAUGCCCACAGAAAAUGCCCACCCGGCUGGAAGUGAAAGCAUGACAACUGAUGCUGAACUUUUGUUGAAUCUUGCGCGACCCACCUAUUUCCAUCCCGCCAAUCACACCAAAAGAGUCAGUAUCGACGAGUCGUACAAUCAGUACGCAGGUGACGCGAUACGUCAAGCUCGAGUUGGAUUUUCGUCUGGCGGGUAUACGGACCAGGGCGACUCGAAAUCCAUUCGCAAUCUUGAUGAUGCCCCUCCAUCUCGCAUGCGCUCUCGCUCCGAUGGGUCGGCCUUCAUCUCUCGCCCUGUUCUCAGCGGGGUCCGCCCAACUACCAGCGCAGGUACUUUGCCGCCUAUAGUUUGGGAGGACGAAAACGAAAGCAACGCCUGGCAUCCACCUGUUGAUGCACCUCCCCCAACGACCUAUGGCCCUUAUCCGCCGGCUGACUCUCAGGAAUCUCACUUUCUGCACCAACUCCCGACUUUUCCACCCAAAACGGAAUCUGAAGAAAGUGAUGUCAAUCAAGCAAGCUGCGCGGGGUGUCAGUUAGUGCGUAUCCCGGCCGACAGCGAGGAACAGGAUGAGGACACAUGGAUCAAUUGCGAUGGAUGCAAUCGAUGGUUCCACAUCGUCUGUGCCGGCUUCAAGACCGAUCGAGAGAUCCGUACAAUUGACAAAUACAUAUGUCGCCCAUGCCGUUCAAUCUAUGGGCAAACAACUUUUGUGCGCAAGUCUUCGCGGGCGCGUACAGCUAUUGACUAUGCCGGACUCAACCAAGGCCUUGUCAAAGCCGCCAGUGAUUCGCUCGAACACCACUACCUAGAACCCAUACGUGAAGGCAAGAUUCGAUUCCAACCAGAGAAUUUUCCUCGAAUGAAGCCCGAGUUAGUUACAGCGGAAUACUUUGAGCGAGGGAAUGGAUGGACCGAGCCCAUUGUGAUUCCUGCUUGUUGGAAUACCCGCGAACCGGUACCUCACCAAGACACCUCUGAUUUUGAGUCUCUGGUCCAGGAUGCUUGUUCGCAAGAGAUGUUUGAUGAUCUCCUCGAUAAUCUCCCAGAGCAGGGAACCCGCGUUGAAGAGACCGUUGAUUGUGGCCAGGAUCUCUUGGGUAUGGUCAUUCCUCAAGGCCUUACCGUCCGUGCUGUGGCAGAGCUUUAUGGGCCCGAGGAAAGGGUUGAAGUGAUCGAUGUCAAGUCCCAGCAGGGCGAGGACAAGAGAUGGAACAUGCGAAAAUGGGCCGAUUACUACGAAAGCAGUGAGCCAGACAAGCCAGUCAGAAAUGUGAUCAGUUUGGAAGUUUCGCAAAGCAAACUGGGCAGGCUGAUUCGACGGCCCAAGAUUGUACGUGACUUGGAUCUGCAAGACGCCGUGUGGCCGGAUGAAUUGAAGGCCAUUGGCGAUUAUCCCAAAGUUCAAUUCUACUGUCUGAUGUCUGUUGCCGACUGCUACACUGACUUUCACAUCGACUUCGGUGGAUCUUCGGUAUACUACCAUAUCCUCAAGGGCAAAAAGACCUUCUUCUUCAUUCCACCCAAAGACAAACACCUUAAGAAGUAUGAAGAAUGGUGCAACUCUCCCGCUCAGGACUCGAUCUUCCUUGGUACCCAGACAAAGGAGUGCUAUCGCGUGGAUCUCUCUGAGGGGGACACUAUGCUGAUUCCAUCCGGUUGGAUUCACGCAGUUUGGACCCCGACAAACAGUCUGGUGAUUGGUGGUAACUUCCUAACCAAACUGAACUACGGGAUGCAAAUUAAGGUACUCAACAUUGAAAAAGAAACCAAGGUCCCCAAGAAGUUCCGAUAUCCUUUCUUCCAAAAGAUCCAGUGGUAUACGGCCUUGAAAUAUCUGGAGGAUGAUCCUAUUCCGCAGAAUGUGCUGGAAGCUUUCAUGCAGGAUGAGAAUUAUCGAUUCCACCGUCAGUAUCCGAUUUAUUAUGAAUUUGGGGAACGUGCCAAUCAGGAACCUCGAGGUUCUCCUCAUCACAAUGCUCGUUUCUAUUCGCAAGCAGAGUUAGAGGGUCUGCCUGAGUUGGCCAAGUAUCUGUUGCGGACUGCGCUCAUUGCAGGUGGCUAUACUGUCGAUGGAAACCCCUCCAUUGAUAUUCGAAACGCAGUCAAACGCUCCAUUCCCAAAUGCACCGGUGAUCCUGUGGAUAUCAUCAGGAGGUUUGGCAUGUGGGUGGCUUGGAAACGCGGUAACGAAAGGUCCCCCCAUUGGACUCGACCCGGCAUCAUUGAGAGCAACCCCAAAGUGUCUCUCGCAGACAAGAAACCAGCGGGCCGACCUAGUCGUCGAUCUGAACGCAACUUUGACAAUCAGCGCACUUAUGCUGAGAGGCAAGCGGUCCAAUGGCCAUCAGAAGAGAUCCCUGCAACUCCGAAUCCCCAACACAGCAGUGCUGCCUAUGCACAGUCCGAUGAAAGUGCGACGCCGGCGCCAUUUAAUUAUGCUCCGGACUCCAGCACCAAAGAGGCCACCACCCCCAAGCCUCGAGUCGUGCAACGAGGUUCAGGUCUCGGCCCGAAGCGAGUAGCAUGUGACGCCUGUCGUAAACGCCGCAUCCGAUGCAGGCACAAAGAUGAGCCCGGGGAUUUGAUGUUGAACGGACAAGUCGCAGUCAAUACUUUUACACCCGGCUCAGGAGUGAGCACACCAUCUUCCCUGGCUCAGGACGCUGUCUCUGCCUUGAAUUCACUAGCGGCAAUUGCAUCUCAAACCGGAUUCCAGAAGAAUGGCCAUCUUGUGGACCUCGAACGUUUGGAGAGCUCGGCGAGAUUUCAAUCAGCAGUCAUGGGCAACUCAACAGCCGCUGCUAACCGUCUCAUUGAUGUGAGUCCCGAUGGCACCAAUGGAGGGAAAAAGGGGCGCAGCAAGGCGUGCGAUGAUUGUCGGAAGAGCAAGCGCCGCUGCAUUCAUGAUGAAUAUGGCCGAAUAGAUCCGGUCAAGGCUCAAGAGCGUUCCAAACCUCGUGCGAAUGCUUCUGCAAAGCGAGCACGUCCUGCCGAGGAGGAUUACAUGCCCGUUGCAGCUAAAAAGACAAAGCAAGAGAGUACAUCACCUAUGACACAACCAGCUGUCUUCUUCGGUCAUGAUGAUGGCGAUGAGCAGAUGGCGCAGUCCGAGUUGAUUGGGGCUUUUGAUCACGAACUAAUCGACCACGUUCAUGCCACAAAACAACUGCCGGAUGUAGGCGAGGCACCUCAAGAUGAAGCUCUGUACGCUUCGCCACCUGCCUUUCAGGCUGGGUCUGUGGAUGCAAAGGAUCUGAACUCCAUGUCCGUGUCUUCAUCCAAGCCAAACACAUCCCUGGUGUCGCCGCCUACGUCGCUGGCCGACGAGAUGGAUGGGGUCCAAGAGGGAGAUGCAGUACAAUCUGUGGAAGGAGACGUGUCAACUGCCCUCCACACACCUAACUCCAGCUCUCGGCAUUCAUCUCGCCAGCCCCGUCAUGUUGAUCGGUUUGCACCCGAAUCGACUACGUCUCGGGCGACGAAGCCAGCGGUGCGGGCCACAUCUUCCAAUAUCGGCACGCGCAAGACAACACCUCCGCCAUCUUCGACAAGAAAGCUUUCAUCACGUCCAUCGUCUUCACAUGCGAAGAAGAGCUCUCCGAUGUAUGAAAAGCACUUCCAUCGCCAUGCCCCUACAUCAUUGUCCCCACGUCAGCAUAAGCAUGCUCAACAUUUGACGGGAGAUGAAGAUGCAGACGAGGAAAGCCUUCGUUUGAUACGAGAGCUUCAAGAACAAGAAUUUGGUUUACGGAAACGAUCGACUCGAGUUUAG